GUCGCCUGUCCCAGCAGCGCUGUAUGGCUGGCCCGCUGCAGCUUCUACCGGGAGAAGUGUGCAGAGGGAGACGCGGCGCAACGCACACGGCAGGUCUACGAAGAAGCACUGAAGAUCUUGGGCCUUCAUCCAGGUUAUGGACCUGAGAUCUGGGCUGACUAUCGGGACUUCGAGGAAGGCCUUCUGGCAGCUGCGACCGAACAGGCGCAGCAAGUGCAGAGAGUGAG